CGUCGUCGGGAAACAUUGUGAAAAAGUAACUCGAUAGAUCGGCCUCUUUUUCGCCACCACGUGAGGCGACACCCUCCCAUUCGUCGUCGUCGUCGUCGUCGUCGUCGUCGUCGUCGUCAUCGCCGUCGUCGCUGCCUUCGCCUUCUCCUCCUCAUUAGAUAUAAAAUAGGAGAAGAAGACGAAGACGAAGUAAAAGAAGAGAAAUUUAUUUGGAAAAUUUGUCAACACCUUUCAAACUCGUUAGAGAAAAGGAAAAAGAAAGAAAAGAGAAAAAAGAAAAAGAAAAGGGAAAGAAAAAAAGAAAGAAAGAAAGAAAGAAAGAAAGAAAGAAAGAAAGAAAUGAAUUGAUAGUUAGGCGUAAAGAGAAAGAUAAGAAGAAGAAGACGAAAAAAAGAAAAGAGUGAGAAAGUGAUCGAUAGUGCGCGUAGAGAACAACAUCCGGCCGGUAUAUUUCGAGUUUCGGUCUUAUUAAAUAAGUGAGAAAAACGGCGAACCCGAUAGAUAUUCCAAGUUACGUCGAAAGUAAAGGAAUACGUGCACGAGAAUGCUGCGCUGCUGUGGCACUAAACGUCGUUGGACGAAUUCUUGAACAGACAUCGAGAUUACGUGGCCACGAAGGAAGGAAGGAUAUCGUCGUUUGGGUUGCGUCUCGCGUCCUCGUUGUCCUCGGCAACGAACAAGAGUGACACGCGCGAAACGCAAUACCGAUCGGUGCUUUCGCGAAUAUGAGCAUGACUCUUGUUCGGAACACAUACAAAGAUUGCAGCGAGGACGAAGCAGGUGGUGCGGACGUAGCGACGACGGUGACGACGGCAACCGAAGGCUGUACCGCUGAAGCCACGUCGGCCGUACUCGACGAGGAUGGCGGCGGUGGCGGCGGCGGCGGCGGUGGCGGUGGCGGCGGCGGCGGCGGCGGUGGCGGUAGCGGUGGCGGUGGUGUUGAUGGUGGUGGUGGUGGUGGUGGUGGUGGUGGUGGUGGUGGUGGUGGCGGAGGUGGUGAUGAUAACGAGGGAGGAUCGACGGUUAAACGAGGAAAUGGCCAAACUUGUUCCCACUGCGGCAUACUCUUCCGGGACGCGCACGUACUUCAACUUCAUAUCGAGGACGCUCACAAGACGCUUUACUCGGUCGACAAAAAUGAUCCAAACGCUCAAUUUUCUCAAGUUUCAUGCAAAGUAUGUAAUAAGACUUUCGCUAACGUCUAUCGAUUACAAAGGCAUAUGAUCAGCCAUGACGAAAGUGCAGUACUUCGAAAAUUUAAAUGUCCCCACUGUGAGAAAGCUUUCAAAUUUAAACAUCACCUUAAGGAACAUCUUCGUAUACACAGCGGUGAAAAACCAUUUCAAUGUAACAACUGCGGAAAAAGAUUUUCACAUUCUGGCUCUUAUUCAAGUCAUAUGACUUCCAAAAAGUGCUUAAUCGUAAAUUUGAAGAAAUCGAGACAAAGCAGUAUAAGUAAUGUUGAUAAAUGCUCGAAGAAAACCCCAACGCAAUCGGUUCCUGGACGACGUGAAGAUACACUUCUUGCGGCGAACAACAAUACUUUUUUACCGAUACUGCCAAAGCUUUCUCCUUCAGAUUAUCAAGAAAUACGAGAAGGCGGAGGUAUUUACGAUGUACCAAGCCUUCUACCCCAAAUGAUGGGCUUUAGUAGUUACUUCCUUCAAUCCUCAUUGGGAAAGAUAUUAAAUCAACUGCAUUCCAAGCGACUCGAUGAAGUCGCCGAACAAUUUGAAAAUCAUCGAGAAACGAUGAGCCCAUCGACAGCGGAUUCAGAGGGUACGGAAGGUACUGAAGGGAAGGAAUCACCUGCCCCGAUUGAAUCGCAGGGCUUGGAUGUUGUACGACGUAUUUUGGAGACUGUCAAUACCUCUGUUACGAAGCAAUUAUUAGAAGCGAAUGUAAAAAAAUUGUCUACCUCACCGGCCACUAUGAAACGAGAAUUCGAUGACGAUUAUCAAGACCAGGAUAGCGAAGUAUCGAGCGAGAUGACUCAUUAUCCUGAUUGGUCAGUAACGGAUCAGUACGAUUCACAAAGCGAAGGUUUGGCUGCUAAACUUGAAGAUGCUAAUCAGCCCCAUGGUAUUGCCAGGUUAACUUCCAAGAGGAAAGCCGAGGAUAGUUCCGAGCCGGAUUCCGAUGACGAAGAAGAUGGAAAUCAAACGCAUACAGAAAAUGGUAGGAGAGUGAGGGCGAGGUCAUUGAUAGACGACGAACAAUUGGCUGUUCUCAAAGGUUAUUACGCUAUUAAUCCUAGACCAAAGAAAGAAGAGAUUAUUAUGAUAGCGAAUUACAUUAAUUUUCCAACUCGUGUCGUCCAGGUUUGGUUUCAAAAUUCUCGUGCCAGAGAUCGCAGAGAAUCGAAGAUACCAGCAUUGUUACCUCUUUCAAAUCCAACUAAUCAAACUACGAUAGAACAACCUUUGGAUUUAUCAAAGAAAGAUGUCCUUACGAUAUCGCUCGUCAAAGAUGUUGAUACCUCCAAUAGAAACGUUUCUUCGCCUUGCGAACAGAAAGAGGAUAAUAAUUCUACUGUUCCAAAUCAAGAUACGGACGAUCUCGAGGAUUCGCCUCUUGUUAUAGACGAAGAAAUUACCGAUUCUAUCGAUACGAAACGUACGCCUUCCACGGUCGACGUCUCGCAAAAGAAUCAAAAUCAUGGGAACGCAAAAAAGGAGAACGAAAAUCCAGUUCAAAUCGAACCGCCUACCACAGCAGAUACUGAACAAGGACUUUAUUUUUGUGAUCGUUGCGACAAGACUUUUUCAAAACAUAGUUCUCUCGCGAGACACAAGUAUGAACAUUCCGGGCAAAGGCCGUACAAAUGCGUGGAGUGUCCAAGAGCGUUCAAGCACAAACAUCAUCUAACUGAACAUAAGCGGUUGCACAGUGGCGAGAAACCAUUUCAGUGCUCUAAGUGCCUCAAACGCUUUUCUCACUCCGGCUCCUACAGCCAACAUAUGAAUCACCGUUACUCUUACUGUAAACCAUACAGAGAGUAAAUUUUCGAGCGUUCUUCGUCCUAUGUCCGCUUCAUUGGCCGAGUACGUACGGUUCUUACUCCAUUCAAACAGAAAAAUCGCAUUUAAAAUUUCUAAUUAAUCAAGUAUUACAUCCAUCGAUGUGUUUCUUUUUUUUUUAUUUUUUUUUUUUUUUUUUUUUUUUUUUUUAUUGUUAUUAUUUUUUUUUUCUCUU